UGUCUUCUUUAAAAGUGCUGGGGACCCCUUCAGUCUUUGCAGGUUUCUUGCCAGUCUAUCUCUUCUUGGCAUCGAUUGACCACAAACUCUCUCAAUCUCACCCUCUCAGCCUCCCUCUCUUUCUCCCUCAUCCAUCCUUCAAAUAUAUUCACCACCUACUCAUAAGUUUACUCCCCUUGAUACAAAGGGAAGAAUGGCAAACACUAGACUAUGCUACUUACUCUCCCUUCUCUUUACCUUUAUUCUUGCAGCGUUUGUUAUUCAAGGAUCCAGAAAUCAAGAGCUGCUGACUUAUCAUCAAAGUAUCAGUACACCAUCACAGGAAGAUUCACAGGCGCUGGGUGGCAAUGAAGAGCAGAUGUCUUCAAAGAGAUUGAUGAUUGGCUCCACAGCUCCGACUUGCACUUACAAUGAAUGUAGAGGAUGCAAAUACAAGUGUAGAGCUGAGCAAGUUCCUGUAGAGGGAAACGACCCAAUACACAGUGCAUACCACUACAAAUGUAUUUGUCAUAGGUGAUGGCUGGCUAGCAAGGUCCUUUCAGAUUAUAUAAUUACUUAAUUUCCCAGUUGAGUUCUUGUAUGGUGUGGUUUUUUAAUCAAGAAUCAUGCCACUAGUGGUCUAAAGUCUAAGCUCUAAUUAAAGAGCUUCUUCUUCUUUCUUUUCUUCUUCUUUUUUGGCCUGAAAAGAUUAGCUAGUUCAAUGCUUGUCAAGAUUAGCUUUGUAGCGUCCAUUUAGGUGCUUGAAUUUUUGUCUUUCUGAUAAAAACAUAUAUAUUUUUAUGCAAUUUCUUAAGAAAAA